AUGCGAGGGAUAUCGCCAUUCAACUCCCCAGAACUUCCGUUGACAUCAUUUCCCAUCGUUGGCAACACUCCCUCAACUGGAGAACAGGAUUACGACCUGGAGAAUUUAACGUUUGGUCAAUUCCUCGAUAGUUUGUAUCCUAUUUUGAUCAUUAGUGAUGCAAGCGAAUGCAACUCGAACCUCUCUGUUUUCUUCAAGUUAGCUGCUGACUACCUCAAGAUGCAAGACGAAACCUAUCAUAGUUGCUCAAUCAUAGCUCUCAAAUUCUUAAACCUGAACCUUUUUAUCAAGAACCACCAGUUCUGUCUUGGAAAGAUCUUGGGACUCAUGAGUGUAUUAAGCCAGUCCGUUGCUGGGGACUGUACUGAAGAUGCGAUUACGCUAAAGGAAGUCUUACUGAUUAUUGUACUUCUUUUAUUCAAAUUGUGCGGGGAAGAGGCCGGUGAUCUGAUACUUUCUCUGGUGAUCAGUAAAGAAGAAAUACUAUACACCUUGAGAGACUUGAAUUUUGUUGAAAUAUUAUCACAAUUCAUUGCUGGUCAUGUCAGGGAAUCUGAUCACUCUCAUGUGUCAUAUGUGAUUCUAAACUUCAGUUGCAACAUCUUUUUUCAGUACUUGUACCACAUCAUUCUACUAUCAGAUGACGAGUUUUAUUCUUUGACCCGCUGUGCGCUAAUACCCACGCUAAUUGAUGACUUUCUUUCUAAUGACAACUUCAACAACUACAACUUGGCGGGUAAAGACUUUGAAGAUGUGAGCAAACUCAUUGCAUACGAGGAGUUCAAAUUAUUACUUCUCAUCAACGAGCAGUAUAUGAUGAGAUCUAUUUCGAACAAAGUUUCUGAAAAUAAGGUCAUUGAAAGACUUCUCAUUACACGAAAAAAUUCCGUUAAUGGUAUAUGUGGCUUCAUAAACCUACUAGUGUACCACAUGAACAGGGAGGAAUCUCACAUAAUCAGGAUACAAAUGCUCAAGUUUCUUUACUUGAUUUUGUCCUCCACUAACUCUUGUAAGGUGGCUUAUCUAAACGAUUUGAAGAUUUUGGUUGAUAUCAUUAUUCGUGAAUUGGACGACCUAGACUACAGCUCGGAUAAGCUGUCCCAAGAGAAUUGCCUUUUGGCUCUCACUUACCUCAAGAUCUUGCAUCCGUUGCUCAUAUUUACUCAACUUAAUAACAUUUCGCCAAAAUACAAAGUGCCUCAGCUUAUUGAAGUUCUUUCAAACGUUAUAAUGAAUUGCGACGUGGUGCCAAAUGAAACUGUUUAUGAAAGGAACAACGAGGAAGAGGAGCUGGACUCAUAUCGACGCUCAAUUUUGAAAACUGCGACAAGAUGUCUCAAUAUAUCCUGGCUUAGAGUCCCCAGAAAUUCACAUUCUCUCAAACUCUCUGGGCUUGACAGCAUCCAUAAUUCUAGUUCUGAAAGUUUAGCAUCCGCAUCAUCCCUCAGCUCUAAAGUGAAUGAGUUGAAACUUAAAGUCUCAAGCUCCAAUCAAUCCACAGAUUCAUUUUCCUUGUCAAGAAUAGCGUCCGUGAGAGCUUCAUCCAUAAGCGACUACAAUAAGCACACCACAUCCCAUAAUCUUGCCCUCGAAGAAGAAGAGUGCCAGAACAUUUUUGAGGCCAACAAUCUGAAUGUGUUUAGAUUGCCAACACUCGCCUUUCAAACCCCACUGCGAUUGUCGGGCCCUUUAAGUUCUAUUGAAAGAUGUCCAUCAUCCGCGCAAACUCUUGGUCUUCUCAAUUUACCAAAAGAAUAUCUAUCAAAGAGCCUUCCACCUCUACCAAAAGAAGCGACAAAUUCUCACGAAAAUAGGUCACAGAAUUCGGUACUUCAAGAAAAGGCUAGAUGGAAGAAGGCACCCCCACCUCCACCUCCACCAUCUAGAAGAAGACGCCAUCAUAAUUGA